AUGCGGCUGCUGUUGGCCCUGUUGGGGGUCCUGCUGGGGGCACCUGGGGCUCCAGCUUUGUCCCUUGAGGCCUCUGAGGAAGCGGAGCUGGAGCCCUGCCUGGCCCCCAGCCCGGAGCAGCAAGAACAGGAGCUGACUGUGGCCCUUGGGCAGCCUGUGCGGUUAUGCUGUGGGUGGGCUGAGCGCAGUGGCCACUGGUACAAGGAGGGCAGUCGCCUGGCACCUGCUGGCCGGGUACGAGGCUGGAGAGGCCGCUUGGAGAUCGCCAGCUUCCUACCCGAAGACGCUGGCCGAUACCUCUGCCUGACACGAGGCUCCAUGCUUGUCCUGCACAAUGUCACCUUGGUUGUGGAUGACUCCAUGACCUCCAGCAAUGGUGACGAGGACCCCAAGACCCACAGAGGCCCCUCGAAUGAGCACAUUUACCCCCAGCAAGCACCCUACUGGACACACCCCCAGCGCAUGGAGAAGAAACUGCAUGCAGUGCCCGCCGGGAACACCAUCAAGUUCCGCUGUCCAGCUGCAGGCAACCCCAUGCCCACCAUCCGCUGGCUCAAGGAUGGACAGGACUUCCAUGGGGAGCAUCGCAUUGGAGGCAUUCGGCUGCGCCACCAGCACUGGAGCCUGGUGAUGGAAAGCGUGGUGCCCUCGGACCGUGGCACAUACACCUGCCUUGUGGAGAACUCUUUGGGCAGCAUCCGCUACAGCUAUCUGCUGGACGUGCUGGAGCGGUCCCCGCACCGGCCCAUCCUGCAGGCGGGGCUCCCAGCCAACACCACAGCUGUGGUGGGCAGCGACGUGGAGCUGCUCUGCAAGGUGUACAGCGACGCCCAGCCCCACAUCCAGUGGCUGAAGCACAUUGUCAUCAACGGCAGCAGCUUCGGUGCCGAUGGCUUCCCCUAUGUGCAAGUCUUAAAGACAGCAGACAUCAAUAGCUCGGAGGUGGAGGUCCUAUACCUUCGGAAUGUGUCUGCUGAGGAUGCAGGCGAGUACACCUGCCUGGCGGGCAACUCCAUCGGCCUUUCCUACCAGUCAGCCUGGCUCACGGUGCUGACAGAGGAGGAUCUCAUGUGGUCGGCAACAGCGCCUGAGGCCAGGUACACGGACAUCAUCCUGUACACAUCAGGCUCUCUGGCUUUGAUGGUGCUCCUGCUUCUGGCCGGGCUGUAUCGCAGGCAGGUGCUCCUCGGCCGGCACCCCCGGCAGCCUGCCACUGUGCAGAAAUUGUCCCGCUUCCCUCUGGCCCGACAGUUCUCCCUGGAGUCAGGCUCCUCAGCCAAGUCAAGCUCGUCCCUGGUGCGGGGUGUCCGUCUCUCCUCCAGCGGCCCACCCUUGCUUGCGGGCCUCGUGAAUUUAGACCUACCUCUCGACCCACUGUGGGAGUUCCCCCGGGACAGGCUGGUCCUGGGAAAGCCCCUGGGCGAGGGCUGCUUCGGGCAGGUGGUGUGUGCAGAGGCCUUUGGUAUGGACCCCAUCCGGCCUGACCAAGCCAGCACUGUGGCCGUCAAGAUGCUUAAGGACAAUGCCUCCGACAAGGAUUUGGCAGACCUGGUCUCUGAGAUGGAGGUGAUGAAGCUGAUUGGCCGACACAAGAACAUUAUCAACCUGCUGGGUGUCUGCACCCAGGAAGGGCCCCUGUACGUGAUUGUGGAGUGUGCCGCCAAGGGAAACCUGCGGGAGUUCCUGCGGGCCCGCCGCCCCCCAGGCCCUGACCUCAGCCCUGACGGGCCUCGGAGCAGCGAGGGGCCACUCUCCUUCCCUGCCCUGGUCUCCUGUGCCUACCAGGUGGCCCGGGGCAUGCAGUACCUGGAGUCGCGGAAGUGCAUCCACCGGGAUCUGGCUGCCCGCAAUGUGCUGGUGACCGAGGACAAUGUGAUGAAGAUCGCUGACUUUGGGCUGGCCCGCGGCAUCCACCACAUUGACUACUACAAGAAAACUAGCAACGGCCGCCUGCCUGUCAAGUGGAUGGCACCUGAGGCCUUGUUUGACAGAGUCUACACACACCAGAGUGACGUGUGGUCAUUUGGGAUCCUGCUGUGGGAGAUCUUUACCCUCGGGGGCUCCCCAUACCCUGGCAUCCCAGUGGAGGAGCUGUUCUCGCUGCUACGAGAGGGGCAUCGGAUGGACCGGCCCCCACACUGCCCCCCAGAGCUGUACGGGCUGAUGCGUGAGUGCUGGCACGCAGCACCCUCUCAGAGGCCCACUUUCAAGCAGCUGGUGGAGGCACUGGACAAGGUCCUGCUGGCCGUCUCUGAGGAGUACCUCGACCUCCGUCUAACCUUUGGACCCUACUCCCCUGCUGGCGGGGAUGCCGGCAGCACCUGCUCCUCCAGCGACUCUGUCUUCAGCCACGACCCCCUGCCCCUGGGGCCCAGGCCCUUCUCCUUCCCUGGGGUGCAGACAUGA